UCUCUUUCUCUAUGCUGCUGUCUUCCUAUCCCUCCCUCUCCCACCCAUCCUUUUGGGCGUUGCCUGGCCGACUAUAAAUUCUUGAAUAAACUUUCAGUGAGCCCAUGCCCUCUUCACCGAUCAUCUCAAACUAAAGUUUUGCCUCCCUUGUGUCCUGCACCUGAUUCUGCAACCAUGACUGAGUUGGAGAAAUGCAUGGAGUCCAUGAUUAAAAUUUUCCAUCACUAUGCCGUUGAAGACGGUGAUGGGAAGACCUUAAGCAAGAAGGAGCUGAAAAAACUAGUUGAGACUGAGUUACCCACCUUCCUGAAAGCUCAGAAGAACCCCAAAAUUGUGGACUGCAUUUUGAAAGAUUUGGACCAAAACAAAGAUGAUAAGUUGGACUUUGAAGAGUUUAUUCCCCUUGUUGCUGGUCUCUCAAUGGCCUGUGAGAAGUGUUACUGCCUCUAUCAAAAGAAGGGCAAGAAGUGAAAAUGAACGAAUGGAAGUAAUGAUGUUGAUUUUUUUGAGAAUUCUGUAGCACAGAUGUGUGCCAUAUUGAUAAGUAAAAGCCACCACUGACAAGAGU